ACGAGUAUAUAUGUUAUAUGUUUACCAAUCGUUUGUAACAGUCGUUUUUAUAUUUUACAAAUAGUUAAAAUAAGUAAACGUGACGGCCGUUGUUUGUUAUAAGUUAUAAAAUAAUAUUACCUGUACAAAUUAUAAUGAUUCAAUUUUGCAACACUAUUAUGAAUAAUUAAAAGUAUACCGUCUGUAUGUGGUGUGAACACCGUUGGUUUUAAUUUUUCGGUAUGUUUUGUUGUUUUUAUUUUUUUUAUAUAGGUAAAUCAAGUAUUCAGGUCAAAGUCACGGUACCGGUGAUCGCCGACCAAUGAGAUUAGCCACAAGGUUUAGUAACCGUACGGAUGCCCGUCGAUGGAGACGUUCUAAAAAGAUUAUCAUAAUCGAGUCUUUUAGAUAUACUUAAAUAAACUAAAGAAAUGUAACAAAAAAAAAAAAAAAAUUGCUUAAACAUUCCUCGUAUGUUCGCCAAACGGUAAAAAAAAAAACCUAACUCGGUGCGUGUGUUUUUCUUAUUUGCACUUAACUUCCAAUCCGCCGACACGAGUUAUUAUUGACAAAAAUAUAUAUUAAAAUAUACCAUACACUAUUGUCACCCGAGCCGCCGCCACAUGGCAUUGACGAAAUGGCUUAUGCUUUAUGCUUCGGUGAUGGCUAUCGGCGUUAAAGCGGCUGACGACUGUCACAAGAGACGGUUAGCCUAUGGCAUAGUGUGCGUUUGUAAUUCGUCUCAUUGCGAUUGGACUCCGGAACCGACCCGACUGGCUGCCGGCAAGUAUGUGCUUUACACAUCAUCCAACGAGGGCAGUCGGUUCGCCAAGAGCACCGGCUCGUUCGUGGCUUCCUUGGACUCGUGGUGGGCCGGUAACGAAAUCACCGUCGACGAACAGACCACGUACCAGACCAUCGAGGGGUUCGGCGCUGCUUUCACGGAUGCAGCUGGCAUCAACAUCAAAUCGCUCAGCGAAGGAACGCAACAGAACCUGUUAAAGUCGUAUUUCAGCGACACGGGCAUCAAGUACAACAUCGGAAGAGUGCCGAUCGGCGGAUGCGAUUUCUCCACUCGCAAGUACACGUACGCCGACCAAAGAGGCGUCCCGGACUUGGCCAACUUCAACUUGACCCGCGAGGACGUGGAUUUCAAGAUACCUCUCAUAAAAGUCGCCAAAUCUUUGACUUCCGACGAGUUAAGACUCAUCGGAUCAGCUUGGUCGGCUCCGCCAUGGAUGAAAUCCAACAACGAUUAUUCCGGCAUCGGAUUUCUCAAGCAAAACUUUAUGGAGACUUGGGCGAAAUAUCAUAUAAAAUUUUUGGACGCCUACGACAAAUUCAGUUUGAAAUUUUGGGCGUUGACUACCGGAAACGAACCGUUAAACGGUAUUGUGCCGAUAAACAGGUUCAACUCGAUGGGUUGGACGCCGCAGUCACACCGGGAAUGGAUAGGCCAUUAUAUGGGACCAUUGUUGAAAUCGUCCAAGUACAACGACACGUUGUUGUUCGCUAUCGACGACCAGAGGAUUGUAUUGCCUUGGUGGAUGAAAAUGCUGAUGGCCGACGGAGAAGCCGCAAAGUAUAUCGAUGGCGUUGCUGUACAUUGGUACUUAGAUUUUAUCGUACCGGUUAAAGUGCUGAACGAAGUGCACAACGAUUUCAACGACAUGUUGAUUCUGAACACAGAAGCGUCGCAAGGAGACAAACCUUGGGACUUUGUAAAAGUACAAUUGGGCAGUUGGAACAGAGCUGAAAAUUAUGCGAGUAACAUUAUCGACGACUUAAACCAUUGGGUACAAGGGUGGUUGGAAUGGAAUCUGGCUUUGGACCUGACCGGUGGGCCGAAUUGGUCUUCAAACUUUGUCGAUGCACCGGUGAUCGUCAACAAAGACGCCGACGAAUUCUACAAGCAGCCAAUGUUUUAUGCGAUUGGACAUUUUUCGAAAUUCAUCGACCGAGGUUCGGUACGAAUAAAAUUAUCGCAGUCGUCCAUCAUCAAAAUCGUGGGAUUCAAGAGACCGGACGGCGCCAUAGUGAUGAUUUUGUACAACAGGCGAAGUAAAAAUGUAAACAUUUCCAUAAGAGAUUCAAAACGCGGAGUUAUCGGUUUAAGCUUACAAAAACAAUCUAUCAAUACGCUUGUUUACUGGUAAGUAUCGAUUGUAAAUUUACCUAUUUAAAAGAAAACUAAGGACUAUAUUAUUAUUGGAUUAAAUAAUUAUUGUUGUUGUUUUUAAUUGAAUUGUUUUGUACGUAUCUUUUGUACUGUUUCAUAUUGUAUGUAUGUAUAUUUUUUUUGAAAUGACGCCAACAUAAAUAAACUACAAAUUUUGUGUCAAGACUUCUAAGUCUAUAACUGUGUAUUAAAUUAAUUCAAUAACCUAAAAAAAAAAAAAAAUAGGACAAAAA